AAUCUUCUGGGUUCAACAAUAUCGAUAGCAACGAAUAUCGAUCCCAUUCUCCGCUGCUUUAAUUUUUUCUCCCUGUUUAGCGGUCAAGGCUAUUGUCAACAAAAUGGGUGUGCAAAAGAAGACUCGCAAGUUCGCGCAGAUGAAGCGCGCCAUCAAGGCCCGCGAUGAGCGACUGAAGAAGCCGGAAGCGAAGAAGGAGACGCCCAAGGAGGAUCAGCUGACUCGUCAAGUCACCCAAGCCCCUUCGAACAUGUUCUUUGCCGCAAACACUGCCCUUGGCCCUCCCUACCACGUGCUGGUCGAUACCAACUUUGUGUCCCACGCUAUCCGAGCGAAGCAGGAUCUACUUACUUCGAUGAUGGACCUGCUAUACGCGAAGUGUGUUCCGACCUUCUCAGACUGCACCAUUGCGGAAUUGGAAAAGCUGGGUGACAAGUACCGCCUCGCACUUCGGGUUGCCAAAGACCCUCGGUGGUCUAGGGUCAAGUGCUCUCACAAGGGUACCUAUGCAGAUGACUGUAUCGUGGAUCGGGUGACGAAGCAUAGAAUUUACAUUGUGGCGACCAACGAUCAAGAUCUGUGUCGCCGUCUGCGCAAGAUUCCUGGUGUGCCCAUCAUGAAGGUUGCAAGGGGCAAAUUCACCAUCGAGAAGUUGCCCGAUGCUUUGGAUUAAGCCUUGGUUUUCUCGAAUUGCUGAAAGAAAUGGCAGAAAGAUAAGAUGUGUUUGAUACCACGCCAUAGCAUGACGUUUCACGAAGAUAUACCCAAUCACCGCUUACAAGCG